AUGGAGGAGGGCGGCCGGAGCCCCCGGGAGGAGGCGGCCGAGCCGCAGGAGUCCGGCGGCGACGCGGAGCCUGGCGGCGGCGGGCGGCGGGGGCUGCUGCUCCCCCCCGGUGACCCCCCGCACCCCCACCCGCACCCGCACCGCAUCACCAACUUCUUCAUCGACAACAUCCUGCGGCCCGAGUUCGGGCGGAGGAAGGAGGCGGGCGGCCCCGACGGAGAGCCCCGGCGGCCCGGCGCGGAGAGCCGCCGCAGCCCCGCCGCGGCGCCGGCCCCCGGCGCUCCGCUGCCCGGCGGCGGGGCGGGCUCGCCGGGCCGGGGGGAGGGCGGCCCCGCCGGGCUGGCCCUGCACGGCGCCGCCAAGAAGGGGGGGGACCCCGCGGCGCUGGAGGCGGCCCUGAAGGCGCGGGGGCUGAGCGGCGGCGACCUGUCGGUGAGCUCGGACUCGGAUAGCUCGCAGGCCAGCUCCAACGCCGGGAACCAGCCCAUGCUGUGGCCCGCCUGGGUGUACUGCACGCGGUACUCGGACCGGCCCUCCUCAGGUCCCCGCUCCCGCAAACCAAAGAAGAAGAACCCCAACAAGGAGGACAAGCGGCCUCGCACCGCCUUCACGGCCGAGCAGCUGCAGAGACUCAAGGCCGAGUUCCAGACGAACCGGUACCUGACGGAGCAGCGGCGGCAGAGCCUGGCCCAGGAGCUCGGGCUCAACGAGUCCCAGAUCAAAAUCUGGUUCCAGAACAAACGGGCCAAGAUCAAGAAGGCGACGGGCAGUAAGAACUCCCUGGCAGUGCACCUCAUGGCCCAGGGGCUCUACAACCACUCCACCACGGCGAAAGACGGCAAGUCGGACAGUGAAUAG